UCUCCUGAUAUCUUCUUACCAAUAGAAAGCAAGCUCCGUUUCCCCGUUUCACGAUAAAUACGUAAUGCUCAGGGCUGUCUCCAGUUCCACUCAAGGAUAGGCAGCUGGACACAGGCUCUGCACAGUUCACGUGGAGGACUGUCCGGCGUGAUUCAGAGAUAAUGGGAGACUGCUGAGAGGGAUUGGUUGCAAAACGUGUUUACCAUGCAGUAAGUGCUGCGUGAUACUGGAACAUGGACACGUGUUUGAGGUUCCCUAAAUAAUUCCAGAUCCUUUCAGAGGGAUGAAAAUGGCAAAUGGAUCGCUGAUAGAGUUCUUCAUAUUGGCCGCAUAUGGUGAACUUGGACACACACAAUAUGUUUAUUUCCUGUUUAUUCUUUUGUUGUAUUUAUCCAUCGUCAUGCUAAACAUUCUCCUUAUCAGUACUAUAUCAUUGGACAGGCAGCUGCACAAGCCCAUGUAUUUCUUUAUGGUCAACUUAGGUGUGAACGGCCUGUACGGGAGCUUGGGGUUGAUCCCAACGCUGUUGGUGCACGUCCUGUCAGGGACCCACGAGAUCAGCCGCCCUGCUUGUCUGGUGCAGAUCUUCUGCUUGCACACGUACGGCGUCUGCGAGUUCACGACUUUGGCCGCGAUGGCGUACGACCGGUACGUGUCCAUCUGCAACCCCCUGUGGUACGACAGGAUCAUGACCCCUUUGAAAGUGUUCGCUUUCGUCGCCGGCGUCUGGCUGUUCACCGUCAGUAAAACCUCGGUGACCGUUGUUCUGACCUCUCAGCUGCCGCUGUGUGGAAUGCACAUCGAGAAGCUGUACUGUGACAACUUCUCCCUGGUGAAACUAGCCUGCAGGGACACCACGGUGAACAACGUCUACGGACUCAUCAGCCUUUUCUUGUCCGUGGGCCCUCAGCUGUCUCUCAUCCUGUACUCCUACGGAAAAAUAAUCACGAUCUCUCUGAAGGCGAGCAGCAACUCUCGAGCCAAAGCCGUUCACACCUGCACGCCACACUUGAUAAGUCUGGCCAAUUUUUCUAUCGCUUGCACUUUCGAAGUGCUCCAGAGCCGAUUUGACAUGAGCAAAGUGCCCCGUACUUUUCGCCUGAUCGCGUCGGUGUAUUUCCUGGUUUUUACCCCCCUCCUAAACCCGAUCAUUUAUGGAGUCCGCUCCGAGGUCAUUAGGAAGAGCAUGCUCAAAGUCCUCAAUAUCAAGAGAACGACCAACCAGGCCAUGUCCAACCAGACCCAAAGAAGGGUAUAAAUGGACCCGCACAUUGUGAAUACCACUGGCAUUAAUGACUUUACUGUCUUUGCCUUGUUGAUGUUAAGCAUUUCCGUUUAAAAAAAAUAAAAAAUAAAAAAGAAAUAUGCCUCUGAAUUGAUUUUCAUAAUUUUUUUAAAUCUUGUGAAGGCAAUGCAUAUUUACUUUACUUGGCUGGCUUUGAGGAGGCAUUCUGGGUAAGAGCGUCUGCUCAGUCGAAAGCGUCUGCCCACUGUCUGUUAUUCCUGGGGGAUGAUGGAUAGAUUUCUUUUUUUUUUUUUGGUCCCUGCUUUUUCUUGGUUUCUGGCAAAUAAACAGAUUAUGGUUACUGCUUACUGGUUUUAGUAUUGUGUUCAAUUAUUGAACUGCUCAUAAGUUGGUCAUUUGGGCACGUGAGCAAUGUAGGACUACAGAGAAUGGGGUCAAUAAGAAGUAUGACUUUCACUGACUGAUGGUCUUCUUAGCUUCAUCACUGCUAUAGACCCAGUGAAUGUUACACUGUGUACACUAGAUCAUUUACAUUAAGGCAUUUGGCAGACGCUCUUAUCCAGAGUGACUUACCCAAUAUCAUUUUCCAUACAGUCCAUUUAUACAGCUGGACAGUAGCCCUGAUUAAGGCUAGUAAGCUCAAAUUCAAUCAAAUUAUACGAAGCCUUCGGUUGCAGUUAUUGCUGCUGUUAUUAAGGGUGGUGCAACAAGUAAUUAUG